AUGAAGAACCAUCGAUCGCCUGGUGAUGAUGGACUCGUUAUUGAGGGAAUAAAAGCAGGAGGAGAAAUUAUAUUAAAAUCAGUAAGCGAACUGUUUAAUAAAUGCUUACAUGAGGGUACGAUUCCAAAAGACUGGAAUAAUGCAGUGAGAGUCUUGUUACAGAAAAAAGGCGACAAUACUAAAUUAGAAAAUUAUAGACCCAUCAGCCUCUUGACAUAUAUGUACAAACUCUUUACGGAAAUCUUAACAAAGAGACUAACACCUCUUCUUGAUAUGGCACAAAUGACAGGUAGGAUUUGCAUACCAUAUGGCACAUUUGCAUCCAUUUGCAUACCAUAAAGAUCUUAAUAGAAAAG